AUGAAGGCUAUCCGAGGCGUCCUUUUCAGUUGUGACUCGGCAGUAAAGCAAAUUCUACUUUCCAUGAACGAGAAGCAGAGUUUCAUCAUUGAGGACUUGGAUGAUUUCCAUGUUCUUAUCAAGGCAGAUGAGGAGUGGAGGGUUAGGAAGGAACUCGAAGCUGAGCUGGAGAAGAAUACGUACAGUUUAGAGUGA